CUUAAACCAUUUUUAUUGUUUUUAGGCCUAUCUGCUGCUAAGCUGCUGGUAGAAUCUGGACAGAAUGUAGUGGUACUGGAAGCACGUAACAGAGUGGGAGGAAGGACAUUUACCUCCAGGAAUGCAAAAGUAAAAUGGGUGGAUCUUGGUGGAGCAUAUGUUGGACCAACCCAAAACCGUGUCCUCCGUCUAUCCAAAGAACUAGGUAUCUCAACCUACAAAGUGAAUGAAGUUGAACGCCUUGUUCAUUAUGUGAAGGGAAAAUCCUAUCCAUUCAGAGGUGCAUUUCCUCCUGUGUGGAACCCACUCACCUACCUGGAUUACAACAAUUUAUGGAGAACAAUGGAUGAAAUGGGAAAAGAGAUCCCUAGAGAAGCCCCAUGGAAGGCACCUCAUGCUGAAGAGUGGGACAGAAUGUCAAUGAAAGAGCUCAUCGACAACAUUUGCUGGACAAAGGCAUGUAAACGGUUUGCUACUUUGUUUGUGAACGUAAAUGUCACUGCAGAGCCACACGAAGUCUCAGCCCUCUGGUUUCUCUGGUAUGUCAAACAGUGUGGAGGAACAGUUCGAAUCUUCUCAACUACAAAUGGAGGACAGGAAAGAAAGUUUCUUGGUGGUUCAGGCCAGAUUAGUGAAAAGAUCAUGGAGCGUCUUGGUGAUAGAGUAAAAUUGGAGAGACCUGUGUUUCGCAUCGACCAAUCAGAGUCUGUGAAAGUAGAGACAUUAAACCAUGAGACAUAUGAGGCUAAAUAUGUCAUUAGUGCCAUUCCUCCCAGUCUUGGAAUCAAAAUCCACUAUAACCCACCACUACCACCAAUAAGGAACCAACUUAUACAUCGUAUCCCACUGGGAUCUGUCAUCAAGUGCAUGGUGUACUACAAGGAAGCCUUCUGGAGGAAAAUGGAUCUAUGUGGUACAAUGGUUAUUGAAGAAGAAAAUUCACCCAUAGGCCUGACACUGGAUGACACCAAGCCUGAUGGAACUGUACCAGCAAUUAUGGGUUUUAUUCUGGCUCGCAAAGCCCGAAAAUUAGCCCAUCUCUCAAAAGAUGAAAGGAAACAAAGAAUCUGUGAAAUUUAUGCCAAGGUCCUGGGUACAGAUGAAGCCUUGCAUCCUGUGCAUUAUGAAGAAAAAAACUGGUGUGAGGAAGAAUAUUCCGGUGGGUGCUAUACUGUAUACUUCCCUCCAGGCAUAAUGACUCAAUUUGGAAAAAUAAUCCGACAGCCUGUUGGAAGAAUUUUUUUUGCUGGCACUGAGACUGCAACUGAGUGGAGUGGGUACAUGGAAGGUGCUGUUCAGGCUGGAGAAAGAGCAGCCAGAGAGAUUCUUUGCGAGAUGGGGAAGAUUUCGGAAGCUGACAUCUGGAAGCUGGAGCCAGAAUCUAUGGAUGUUCCAGCCUUUCCAAUUACUACUACUUUUUGGGAAAGAAAUCUGCCAUCUGUGCCUGGACUUUUGAAACUGACUUUUGUUUCUACAUUAUUUUCUGUAACGGCUGCUGGGUUGUUUGCUUAUAAAAAGGGACUGUUACCAUGGAAAUGAAGACCAGGGUUAUCGUAAGAAGAAAAUCUUCUAAAAUAAACAUAGUUUGUCGUUUCCAGGCUUGUUGCUUCCCAUAUGUCAAGCUUUCGUACAAGCUGAUUAAUACAUCUGGAGACAAUAAACAGCACCAAAUUAACACAAUUUUAUAAUUCCUUUGUUCGGGUAUCCAGUUUCCAUAUACCAAAAGUGAAAUUAAUUUUAAUUAAAUCUUUUGUUUAAUUACAUCAUUUUAACAAAUGA